AUGUCCUCCCAGCCAAUCGACGAAGACGGCUUCCACUCCAUCGCAUGGGACGAUGCCCCUUCCCUCCUUCCCAAAGGUGGUCAGUCAGGUACGGCAUCCUCGACGUCCGGCUUUGACAUCUCUUCUGAAUCGGACAAUGGGUUCGAGAAUAUCUCUCCUGUCUCGCCGGGCGCGGGAGAGGGGUCCGCAUCGGGAUCUGGGUUUGCUCCGGGCGCGUCAACGGACACUAUUCAGCAACACAAGCGGUACCGCUCGGAUAUAGAGGCGAACAGGGAGCACGCAGAGGUCGAUGGGACAGAGUGGGGAGGCAGAUGGAUGGCGAUAAGCGUCAAGGACCCUGUCAAGGAACACGAGGGAAGCAAGGACAUGUUUGUGAGCUAUGCGGUGCGGACGCAGACAAACGUUCAGAACUUCUCGCAGCCCAUACCCGUGGUCCGCCGUCGGUUCCAGGACUUUGCCUUCUUGCGAGAACACCUAGCCAAGGCGUUCCCUGCUUGUAUCGUACCGCCUAUUCCGGACAAGCACCGACUAGAGUAUAUCAAGGGAGACCGCUUCGCGCCCGACUUUAUUGAGAAGCGGCGUAUGGAUUUGCAAAGAUUCGCCGAUAGGAUAGCGCGACACCCAACUCUACAGCGUAGCAAGCUCGUCAACGACUUCCUGACAAGUACCGAAUGGACCGUCGCCAAGCACCACCACAUCUCGCACCCUCCACCCGACUCUCACCUCUCCAUGAUGGACUCUCUCUCCGACACCUUUAUCAACGCGUUCAGCAAAGUCCGGAAGCCGGACGCGCGAUUCGUGGAAAUGAGCGAGGAGCUUGAGCGGUUCGAGGAGGGCUUGACGGGUGUGGAGCGCUUGGUCGGUCGGGGCAAGAAUAGGGUAGAUGAUCUGGCGGCGGAUUAUCAAGACAUGGCAGCGGCGUAUCAGACUCUGGGCUAUCUCGAGAGCGGGAUCACCGAGCCGCUCAACCGCUUUGCUGAGAAAAUGCUCGACUUCUCGGCUUUGCUCAAGCACACAAACUCGACCACCACUGAGCCACUCCUUCACUCCUCGCAAUCCCUUCUCGCUCACUCCACCUCGCACCGCAGCACCAUCAAGCUCCGAGAUCAGAAGCAGCUAGAUUUCGAGGAACUUUCGGCAUACCUCUCUGCGAUCGUAUCGGAGCGGGACAGGCUGGCGGCCGUUCAGACGGGGCAUGCGGGCGGGCCGGUCGGGCUGGGGACGUACCUCCGGGACCAGGUGGAUAAGCUUCGCGGGACGGAUGAUAUCCACACAAGACGGGAGAGGAUCAGAAAGCUUGAUAUCAAGAUAAAGGAGUUGCAAGAAGCAGUGACGACGGCGCACGAGACCAGCAACGCAUUCUCGGACGAGGUGCUCAAGGAGCACCAAUACUUUGAGAUGAACAAGCAAGAGGAGAUGCGCGAGAUGCUCCAGUCGUAUGCGGAUGGACAGGUCGAGAUGCUCAAGCGGUCCAUGGAGGACUGGGACAGGAUCAUUCCGGUUCUACAGAGAAUCAGGGUGGAUAUUUGA